GAGAAACAAACAGAGUACUACCUUCUUUAUAUUGAACACUUUAAUGCUUAAUCAAUCACUAAACUUUUGUGGGUCAUCAUAAAUGAAACGAAAUGAAAUGCUAACACCCUUUACUAGUUAGCAUUUUGCUACACACACACACUCUCUCUCUCUCUCUCUGCAUUUUUUUUCCCGAGAAACAAGCAGAGCAUCAGCUUGUAAUUCUUAGAAAAAUUUAUACUUUCCUUACUGGGUCAGUGGGAUUUCACUACGCCAUCGCUCUUUUUCGAAGUUUUGCGCAAGUGGAGCAUUCGUUUGUGUUGCUAAGAAUUGGAAAAAAUGAGCCGUGCUGGGAUCAAUGGGGACUUGGUGAACCACCUAUUCAAUUUCCCGGAGAGCUUUGAGAAAUUGAUGUUUCCUUCGCAGGAACACGAGUCCAAUGAGAACAAGGGUGUGUUGAGCAUUCCAGUUGACAUUUUGGACACUCCUAAGGAGUACAUUUUCUUCAUGGACGUGCCUGGUCUGUCCAAGUCUGAUAUUCAGGUGAUGGUUGAAGAUGAGAACACUCUCGUGAUCAGGAGCGGUGGAAAGCGAAAACGUGAAGAUGGAGAAGAAGAAGGUUGCAAGUACCUCAGGCUUGAGAGAAGGGCACCAAAAAAGCUUCUGAGAAAGUUCAGAUUGCCCGAAAAUGCUAAUGUGUCAGCCAUUACAGCCAAAUGCGAAAAUGGGGUUUUGACUGUGGUUGUUGAGAAGCUUCCUCCACCACCCAAGUCCAAAACUGUUGAAGUUGCCAUUUCCUAAAAUAGAUUUGGGGAGGAUGGGAAAGACAAAGUGGGAGUGAUGAGUUUCUAGGCUUCUAAUUUGUGUCACCACCAUGUUGUAUAUAGGUUUUAGUUUAGGCAUCAAGUCGGUUGUUAUUUGAAUGCGCAUGUCAAAAAAUUCCUGUGUAUCUUCCUACUGCUUUAUGUAGUAAAUGGUGUAGUGUUUUGAUUCAUGUAAUGUUAUUUUUAUGUCUUUUAUGAUCA